AUGGCUAACUGGGAACAAAUCGCCGCGGACAAGCGCGCUCGAAUCGACAAGUCCAUUCCUCCGGAAUGGAAGAUCCAGAACAAGCCCGAGGGGGAUUCGUUUUUCGACUUCCCGGCCAAGAGUGGGAUCCUCUCCGAGAAGGAGCUGGAGAUCACGAACAUGCCAGCAACAGAGCUGGUUGCUAAACUGGCCAGCGGAGAGCUGAAAUCGGUCGAUGUGACGCUGGCAUUCUGCAAGAGGGCUGCGCUGGCUCAUCAGCUGGUGAAUUGUGCCCUGGAGUUCUUCCAUGAAGCGGCUUUGGCACAGGCAAAAGAGCUGGACGAGUAUUUUGAGAAGAACAAGAAGCCUGUCGGACCGCUUCACGGUCUGCCUAUCUCUCUAAAGGACCAAUUCCGCAUCAAGGGCAUUGAAACCUCGAUGGGAUAUGUGGCCUGGCUGGGCAAGUAUGAGACCGAAGAGUCAGUCAUGAUCACCCUCCUGCGCAAAGCGGGUGCCGUGUUCUACGUCAAGACCAGCGUGCCUCAGACACUGAUGGCCUGCGAGACGGUCAACAACAUCAUUGGUCGGACGCUGAACCCUCGCAACAAGAACUGGUCUUGCGGUGGCAGUUCCGGAGGCGAGGGAGCCAACGUUGGCAUUCGAGGUGGCAUCAUCGGUGUGGGAACCGACAUUGGUGGCUCCAUCCGUGUACCCUCUGCAUUCAACUUUCUGUAUGGUAUCCGACCAAGUCACGGCAGGAUGCCGUACGCAAAGAUGGCCAACAGCAUGGCGGGCCAGGAAUCCGUCCAGAGUGUGACGGGACCGAUUGCCCAUUCCGUUCCAGGUGAGGAUCUGCCAUUGAUUUUGCUCUGCAAGAGGUGGCAGCUAAUACUGAUCAAUUGUCUGUUAGACCUGAGAUUGUUCCUCACUGCAGUCUUGGCCCAGGAGCCAUGGAAGUACGACUCCAAAGUCAUCCCUCUGCCAUGGAGACAGAGCGAAGAGGAUGUUAUCAAGAACAAAAUCAAGUCUGGUGGUCUUACUCUCGGGUUCUACAAUUGUGACGGAAUGGUGCUUCCUCACCCGCCAAUCCUUCGCGGUAUCGAGACAGUUGUGUCGACAUUGAGGAAGAACGGCCACGACGUCGUCGAAUGGACUCCUUACAAUCAUGAAUUGGCGUUGAAAAUCCUCUAUUGUUUCUUUACCUCUGACGGCGGCGCCGACGUCCGUCGCGACAUGGACGCCUCUGGCGAGCCCCCCGUCCCCAAUAUCAACGACCUGCUCGGCUACUCGAACAGGGCCUUCGACAUCAACGAGCUGUGGGACGUCAACCUCCAGAAAUGGCGCUACCAGUGCGAGUAUCUCGACAAGUGGCGCGAGCUUGAAGAGAAGCUGGGAAAAGAGCUCGAUGCUAUCAUCGCCCCGAUAACCGCCACGGCCGCAAUCCGCCACGACCAGUUCCGGUACUACGGAUAUUCAGCCGCGAUCAACACGCUCGACUUUACGAGUGUAGUGGUGCCCGUCACGUUUGCCGAUAAGACGGUCGAUGUGAAGAAGGAAGACUACCAGCCUCUGAACGAUAUGGAUAAAGCAGUCCAAGAAGAAUACGACCCGGAGGCAUACCACGGCGCUCCUGUUGCCAUCCAGAUCAUCGGCCGGAGAUUGAGCGAGGAGCGGACGCUGGCGAUUGCGGAGGAAGUUGGACGACUGCUUGGGAAUGCCAUUACGCCAUAA